GAAGGGAGUUAAAGCCAAGGAAUCAAAUGGUGGCCAGACGUCAGCUAACUGCAGCUCAAAGAUCAGCAAAGAUAGAGCAUGAUCGUCGACUCCGCCGAGAACGUAAAUUGGAGUUUGAGAGAUUGCAGAACACGGAAAGAGAAUUGCAGGGUUUGGUGGUGGCUCAGAGAAAUGAAAACGCGAGCUUAAAAGUUGAAAAUCAAACGCUCAACGACAUGGUUUCAGAACUCCAUGAUACCGUAAAUCAACUACGUGACCAGAACCGAGAACUACGUCUGAAGAAGCUGGGCCUUGAACAAACUAUGAAGCUUGCUGACUCAUGGUUUGCAUUUGAGGAAAGUUCGAGUCCCAAUGAAGAAGUUGCAAACAAUGAGUCUAUUGCUGAAGAUCCAAGGAGUUCUCAAAGUGGUACUCCAAAGAGGAUUUCCGAGCGAGCCAUGCUUAGAAAGUAGAAGAUAUUAAGGUGAGGAAACUGUGUGUGCUUGAUGCAGAGUAUUCAGUAGGCAAGUCUAUGCAUGCUGCUCUAUUGCAUUAGCAUCCUUCCCAGUAAAUGCCUAAGUUUAUGAACUUUGACAGUAAUACUUGAUGAUUGGAAUAUUAUCCUCACCAAACAUUGCUAUCUUUGUGUAUCCACCUUUUGUAGAAUCACUAACCUUUUGUGUAUCUAUCAUUUGUUAAGAGUACCAUGACCUUUUGUACAA